AUGUUUUGGUUGGAUCAGAGGCGUCACUUGUGGUUAAAACCACGACAGAUCAUAGGGGUAUUUCACAAGUUUAACUUAGCAGUGUCAAACAAUUAUUUGGAGAAUAACGUAAGAUAUCAUUCAAAUGCUGCCAGCUAUAACUCCUCUUCAUUCAGAAAUGGGUUAUUGAAAAGUAUUCCUGAAGCUUCUGACACAGACACAUCUACUGAACCCAUAAGAUAUAAUGUUAUAGGUGAUUCAUUUAACAUUUUGAAUGUUAAAGUUCCGAGGUCGGCGAUAUUUAAUAUUAGAUCGGAUACCAAUAGACAAUAUCUCAUAAGUAGUACCGGGGAAAUUAACAAAAUGAAGGUUGAUAAAUUUAUAAUAAACCAGAAUGAAGGUUCAAGAAAAACAAUUGAAUAUCAAAGCUGCAUCAACAACUCAGGCCCAAUGUCUCUUCUACUUGGCUUGAACUCACAACACGCUAAUUUCUCUGUAUUGACUGCAAGUGAUCAAAAGCGAUGGAUGAUAAGACAGGAUGAAUUAAGCGUGUGGCAAGAUGAUGCGGUAGAAAUACAUUCUGUGCGGUUUCUAUCCAAGUUUGUUCAAGUUUCUGGUAAGGGUAAAUUUGCGAUUUCGUCUCCAGGAAAAAUAAUUGAAAUUCAGCUUGCCAAAGAUGAAAACAUAUUUUUAAAUCCGCGUGCCAUUGUGGGAUAUACAAAUGUUGUAGGGAACGCAAAACUAGGCAAUGAAAUAGAGAACGCAGCAAGCGAGCUUAUAUCAGGAUUACAUAGCAUUGCGAGUGUCAAACUUUCACAAACCAGAAAAGUUGAUACGUACUUGAAGAAUACGCAAAAUGCUUUUAGAACAAGCACAAAAUUCGGGGAAAAGGCAAUACAGAAGGUUAUAAGCCUUUGGAAAGAAAACGUUACUUCAAAGAUUAAACAUGAAAGGAACAUCAGCUUAAUUUCAGAAAAGAAGACAGAAGGACAAAAAAACGAUGUAAGGAUGAAAACCGAAAGUAUUAAUCGACAAAAUACAAAGAAGAGAUCCAGUGUCAUAGAAACAGAAAAAAGCAGUAAAGCGGAUUGGAUGAGAACUUUGCGUACAAUUUGGUGGAAAACGAGAAACUUCUUACACGCAUUUGGAAGUGUGGCAUGGCAGACCUUAAGUAAUUUAUUUCGUGUAGUGCAGAACUCCAUAAUUGUCUUCUUCACUGGUUACCAUGGGAAUUAUUUGGUACGUAUGAAGGGGCCAAAGACAAUAUUGGUUCAUGAUGCGAUAAAUAUCAGGAGCCGGAUUAUGACAAAAUCUGAACUAAAGAGGCUAAAAUCCAGAAAAUAA